AUGACUCGCAGCACUCACCUUUUGACGAAACAGAUCACAGGAAACUUAGUGCACCGGCCGCUGUCGCUACCACCACUACCCAGCCUUUUUAUCAACACUUAUGGCAAUGAAGUGGCUGGCUCAGGUUACGGAUGGUUAACCGCUCCAGACACCCCUGAGCCCUAUCAUGCAGUCGAUUCUGUUAUUCGAGCCCAACAAGUUGGACUCGAUAUAGUGAAGGAGCGAAUACAGUUUACAAAGCAACAAAUUGAAAAAUGCCGUCAAGAUCAACAAAUGAUCGCAGACUUUGUGGCAGAGACUUUCCUUGAUGAGCUAAAUGCGAUGCAGAAUGAAUCGAGCUUCGAAGAUCUUGUAGAAGAUGUCGAACGUCUUCAGAAAGAGGUGGAUGGACUUCGAAAGUCGUCUCCAAGAUCAGUACCACCACCGAGACCUGAUCCUCCCCUCCAUCAUGUCACAUGGCGUUGUAUACGAUGCCUUGAGAACAAUAACACUUCAUCAUAUCGGUGUCAUUGUUCUUUUCCUCGUGUUGCAAUUGAUCCACGAGAGGCCGCCAUGUGCAGUUGUACGCACUGUAGCCAAAUAGCAGCUGAUCAUGUUUUCGCUUCACCCACUCCUGGAGAUGGCGGCUGGCUACUGGUUAACAAAUUGAACGCUAAUCGUGCUGCGACUCCCUAA